CGUGAACCAGCCAAUGGGUAUGCAUCUGACCGGAUUGCGGUUUCAUCCGGUGGAGUUUGAAUUUUCCAACGAGAACGACCCAAACAGUGUGAAAUAAAGAAGCAUCGCGCCCAAAUCAGGUUAUAAACCAUGAGCUGGGCGGUGGAGGAGUGGAAGGAUGGACUUCCAGGGAAAGCCCUGCAGAAGAUCCAGGAGAUGGAAGUUAAGCUGGACAAACUGAAGAAGGAAAGGUCCCAGAAACAGUUUCAGCUGGACUCCCUAGAGGCUGCUCUGCAAAAACAGAAACAAAAGGCGGACAGUGAUCGUACUGAGACCUCUGCUUUGAAAAGAGAGAACCAGUCUUUGGUAGAGUCAUGUGAUUCUCUGGAGAAAGCCCGUCAAAAGGCCAGCCACGAUCUUGGAGUCAAGGAGCAGCAGGUGAGCUACCUGGAGGGUCAGCUUAACUCCUGCAGGAAGACCAUAGACCGACUAGAACAGGAGCUCAAGAAGUACAAAAAUGAACUGGAUCGUUCUCAGCCUGCUGGCUCUUCAUCUGUGUCAUCUUCCUCCUCUGAGCUUCAGCCCUACAUUACUCCACAGAAAAGUUUCACUACCCCAGCUCCUGUUACGGCCUACAGACAGCAGGAUAACAGAUUAGAUGAGCUUCAGGAGAAAUACAGCCAGGAGGUAGAAGAAAGAAAAAGGCUAGAGACUGAACUCAAAGUCCUGCAAGUCAAACUGCUGAAUCAGUCUUCAGUCAGUGUAAGCCACAAAGACAUUGCUGCCCGCCAAGCUGGAUCUUCCAUUUUCCCAUGGCAACAGCAGGAUCAGGCCCACAGCCGCCACUCUCAGGAUGCGAUGGAAACGCCUCUGAAGAGGCGGGGGAUAUCCCUGUGGGAUGCCCACGAGGAGACACCCAUUAAAUCCAGCCAGCGGGUAAGCUCUUCCAGAGCAGUGCAGAGUCCCAGUGGAUCCUCCCAACAGAUGGAGCAGCUAAAAUCCCUCAACCAAGAGCUGCGUGGACGUGUGUCUGAGCUGGAGAAGAAUCUGUCCGCUCAGGAGAAGGAAAUUCGUAGUCAGUCCUCCAAACUGCAGGAACUACAAACCCAACUGAACCAGGCCUGCAAAGAGCUGACUGAACGGGACAGAGACCUGGCCAAGACCAGCCAAGAACUGAGUCAGGCCAACGACAGACACCAACAGGCUGUGGCCAAGUGUUCAUCAGUUGAGCAGAAGCUGAAACAAGUGACGGAGGAGAUGAGCUGUCAGAGGCACAACGCUGAGAGCUGCAAACGAGCUCUGGAGCAGAAACUAAAGGAUCAAGAGAGAGACAGUCAAAAGGAGCUAGCCCAGCUGCAGAGUUCUCACCAGGCUUUGGAACAGCAGCUGAACCAGACCAAAACCAAGCUAACACAAGAGAUCCAACAGUCCAAAAAAGACUACAACGUAGUGCAGGCUGACCUGGAAAAGAUGUGCUUCCAAAAGAGUCAGAUGGAGAAGGAGGUGGAGGAGCAGAAACAGAAACUGCUGAGGUCAGAGCAGACCCUCCAGGCCAGCCAGACCAAGGAGCAGGACUUCCGCAAGAAAAUGGAGGAGCUGCAGAAAGAGAAGAACAGUCUGACUGUCCAGUUGGACCAGAGCAGCAGGCGUCUGAGUCAGCUGGAGGAAGAGAAGAAGAGCGCAGACCAGAGCCUCAAACGCACGCAGGGAUUACUAGAUGACCUAAAAGCAAAAUCAGAGGGGCAGACGGACGAGCUGAAGAGACUUCAGUCUAAACUGGAGCAGCAGACUCAGGCUUCGACCCGGGAGCUGGAGAACCUGAAGAAGACACUUUGUGAAACAGAGACCAAAAAUGAGAGAUCUCAGAAUGAACUGCAGAAACAGAAGCAAGAGACAGAGAGGCUGACCAACAGAUUGACAGUCCUAGAGAAGGAGAGCCAAGAGCUGAAAUCAAAUCUCACUGCAAGUCAAAAUGAGUGUAAGGAACUGAAACAAGAACAUCAAGCUCUGCUGGAGUGGAAGAACGAAAAGAAGACCUUGAUUAAUGAAACUGAGGCUGUGCAAAAAGACCUCACUGACAAAAUUGGUAACUUGGAGAGCAGUCUCUCCUCGCUGAAUGAGGCGAAUGAUGAACUCAAGAAGCAGCUCAUGAGUGUGGAGGGAGACAAGGCCAGUCUGUCUGCUCUCAUCGAUUCGUUGAAGGGAGAACUCCUCAACAAGAGCACAGAGUUGGAGGAGAGGGAGCAUCAGUACGAGGAGCUCCAGUUUCAGUUCUCCGAGGCUGGACAGAAGCACAGCAAAGACCUGGAGAAUGUUGCUGUGCAAGUGGCUCAGCUUGAAACACAGGUCAAAGAUCUGGAGUUGCGGUUGCAAAAGGAAAUGACUCGAGCAGAGCAGGCUGAAAAGACCAACACAGACCUGCAGGAUGAGCACCAGGCAGCCUGCGACCUGGCUCGCUCCAAAGACCAGCUGGUGGAGUUAGGCCAAGCAGAGAUCAGCCAGCUGAGAGAGAGCCUUGCUCAGGCCACUGCAGAGCAGGAGGAGCAAAGUGUCAGGUUGGCAGAGGAGAAGGCAGCCCUGCUGAAGCAGUGUGAGGAGAGUGUGUCGGCAAAGGUUGAAGAAACUGAGCAGCUCAGGCUGCAGUUGGAGGAGGCUCAACAAGAGCUGCUACUCACCAAAAAUAAGGUCAGUUCCAUAGAUCAGUUCCUGAAGGUCCAGGAGCAACUGUGUGCUGAGCUGCAGAAACAAAUUAAGACACUGUCGGACAAUGAAGAGCAACACAAAAAGAUGAAUGAGAAAAAAUCAGAAGAGCUCAGACAGUUAGAGGAGGAUCUGAAGGAUCUGCAGAGCCACAGUGAGGAGAAGGAAAAGCAGCUGAGAGAGGCCGAAGCCCAGAUUUUAUCUCUGCAGAAACAAAAGGCUGAGCAGGAAAGUGCAGUUCAAGAGACGAAGAAAGAGGCUGAGAACCUCCAACAGGCUCAUAUUGAGAAGAUCAACAACCUUCUGGAGCAGAUAUCUUCCUUAGAAGAAGAGGUAAUAGCAAGCAAAGAUGCAGCAGAGAAGCUUCUUGUCUUGAAGAAUGAACUGGACGUGGUCAACCAGUCACAUGCUGACCUUAAGAAGUGUCUAGAAGCUCUUGAGAGGAGUCACUCCUCCACUAUUGAAAUAAAGUCCAACUUAGAGAACACCCUGACCGAGAAAAACAGUCUUAUCUGUACUUUGGAGAAAGAAGUCGAAGAGCUCACAGAAAAGAUGAGCAAAGAGUCAGAGAGCCACGCUCUGGAAAUUGAAAAUGUCCUUAACAAAGAGAAGCGCCUUCAAGAGAAACUUGAAGCUGCUAAACAAUCAGUAACUGCUGCUAAAGCGGAGUCAAGAUCUCGACGGGAGGAGAUCAAGACCAUGAAGACAACUCUGUCUGCUGCUUCACGUGGCUUAGAAGAGAGAGACAACACGAUAAAGAGCUUGAAGGAGAAGCUGAAUAAAGCAGAGGCAGAGCAGGCAAAAACGGCAGACCUCCUGAAGGAGAAGGUGAUUGCCAUGAACAAAAUCAAGGUGCAGCUAGAGAUGCUGCAAAUGGACCUGGAGGACAACGAGACAGUAAUGAACUCUUUUGAAAGUCAGGUGGAGGAGCUGAGGGGAACCAUAGAGUCACUGGAGGCUCAGCUGGCUCAGAACCAAACCCAGAUGUCUGACAUGGAGGCCAGGCUAGAGGACAGCAAAGCCCAGGUCUCUGUCUUGGAAACCCGGUUAGAGGAGGUCCAGUCUCAGAACUCUUUGCUGGAGACGCAGUAUGUCACAGCCAGGGAGGAGCUGAUGGAGAGGAGCUGUGAAAUAUCUCGUCUGGAAGAGGAUGCUGUCAAAUGUAGGGAGCUGGAGGAGAGCAUUGCCACUUUAGAAUCUAAACUCAGUCAGACCUCAGAGGAAAAUAUCAAGUUAGAGACAACUCUCAGGCAGAUAACUGAGGACAAAGACAAUAAUCUUAACCAGUUACUACAAGAGAAAAACAAACUCGAGACUACUUUGAAACAGUUAACAGAUGACAAAGAAGAAGUGGAAACUGAAAUGAUUCAAGUAAACACAGAGAAGAAACAGCUGGAAGCCAAUCUAGGCACGCUAGCUGAAGAGAACAAACGACUGCAGACCAACAUAAAGCAGUUAACUGAAGAAAAGCAGAAGAUUGAUCAAAUAACUGUAGAGAAGCAAGAAGCCGAAUCGGCCCUUAGACAGGUGAUUGAGGAGAGAGCCCAACUACAUGUUACCCUCAAUCUGAUAAACCAGGAAAAAAUUCUAUUUGAGGCUAAACUAAGCGAGCUAACCUCAGAGAAAAAGAACUUGAAUCGAGUAAUUGAGGAAAAGCUGCAGCUGGAAGCCAACUGUAAUCAGCUGACUGAAGAGAAUAUCAAACUACAAUCUAGUUUGAAUCAAGUGAACGAAGAGAAGCUGCAGUUGCAAGGAAGCAUAGAGAGGCAUGAAGGAGAGGUGGUCUCACUUAAAGAGGAGAAUGAGUGCAUCCAGCACUCCCUCCUGUCCGCAGAGCUGGAGCACCAGAGGCUGAAGGAGCAGCUUGAGAUGAGAGACAAGAGGACUGAGGAAGAGAACCGAGAGAGGAGCCAACAGUUUGAGGCGGAGCAGGCAGAACUGCAUCAGAAGUUGGCGGGCUUACAGAAGGAGCUGACUGUGUUAAAGCAGCUUUACGAGUCACUGCUGGAGCAGGUGGACCAACAAAACAGCCUCAUAAUUCAGCUCUCAAAAUCACAGCAGGCUCAGAACACAGGAGAAAAAAUCAGCUGCAUGGAGUCUGAGGAGACGGCCAUUGAUGUUUCCCCAGCAGAAGCAGCUGGACAGACUGAUGUACAGCUGACUCUUGAUACAAGCAUCAGUACCAAUACUGAGUCCCUUCCAGUAAAUGAACAGCUGGGCCACAUGUUUGACCUGGUUGAACAUUCCCACCAGUCUGACAAGACUUUCAGUGAGAUAGAGCUCGUCUUCAAGGAGAACAUCACUGAGAAGGAGAUGAUCCAGGAACAACCGGGCGAGGAGACGGAGGUGUGUGUGGCAGAUGUAGAGGAAACGAGGGUGAACGAAGUGCAGCAGCAUAAACAGCAACCCUCACAUCAGCUUCCUGAUGACAGCAGCCAUACCAAAGAUGGCCUUGAAAGUAAACCUGAAAUCUAUGAACUUUCUCCACCAUCUUCCUCGCUUGGUGAGAGCAGACAGUUAGAAUCCUCUGCGACAGAGUCACCUCACGUACAAGAUGACCUCAACCACUACAAGGAAAUUAUCACAAAACAAGAAAAUGAACUCCGGACCCUGCGCUUAGAGUUCGACCUACUGAACGCCGACCUCACACUGAGAAAGGAGCUGACCUCCGAACUGGAAGUCCAAGUUCAACACUUGGAGAAGAAAGUUCAUGCAGCAGAGGAGGAGGCACAAGGUGCAGCACAUAAGCUGAACAUCGCUUUGGUGGAGAAGAAAGGCCUUGCUCACCAGUUGGCUCAGCUGUCAGAGGAGAGAGAGACAUUAACUCUGCAGCUGCAAACCGCUAAAUGCCAGCUGGCUGAUGUUAUGGAGAUGCUGGAAGGACUGGAGAUGGCCAAAGGAGGGUGGGACGAGAAAUUCCUUCAGCAGGAGAGCGAGCUGAAGCGGGUUCGCUCUGAGAAAGCUAACCUGGAGCAGCACAUCCUGGGCAUGGAGUCUGAGCUGGAGACAUUGCAGGGUGACAGGACCAAACUGAAGGAUGAGAUGGAGACCCAGAGGAGGACUUGUUCAGGCAUGGAGCAGCAGAUAGAAACAUUCCAAGCAGAGACAACCCAGCUGAGGUCUGAACUUGUGUCCUGCUCUGAGGAGCGAGAUGACCUGAACCAGUCUUUGGGUCAAUGGAGAGAGAAAGCUCACAGUCUGGAGAAGACCAACAGCGACACCAGAAACCUCAUUGCCAUCCUGGAGGAUGACAUCAGAGCAGGGAGGAAGGAGUAUGAAACCCUGCAAAAUAACAUGGAGAAACUGAAGACAGAGAAGCAACAGCUGUUGGAGCAGAUUAAGGCGCUGGAGCAGGCGAUAUCCCAACAGAGUGGAGAAAGAGAGGAGCUUAUUGGACAGCUUGACAAGAUCACAGAAGACCACACCUCGGCCAAUCAAAACACUGAGUCUAUGGUCUGCAAGAUACAGGCUUUAGAGGGAGAAGUGUAUCGUCUCUCACAGUCUCUAGAGUCCUCUCUGCUAGAAAAGGGAGAGAUUGCCUCUCGUCUGAACUCCACACAAGAUGAGGUCCAGCAGAUGAGGACAGGUAUUGAAAAGCUCCAGGUCCGCAUUGAGUCUGACGAGAGGAAGAAAAAGAAGAUGGGAGAGCUGCUCAAAGCUGCCCAAAGAAAAUCUGACUCACUGCAAGAUCGCAUUGAUGCCCUGGAGCGAGAGGCGGAAGACGUAGAGCAAAGUCUGGAGGAAGCUGUGCUACAGGCUGAAACAGCCAAAGCUGAGCUGGAGGAGGAAAGGAGAAAGGUGGAGGAGGAGAAGAAAGAGCUCAGUGACAAACUAUCAGAGCUCUCCGCCAUGCUGGACAACCUGAGAUCUGAGAAAGAACGCAUGGAGACAGAGCUGGAAACAAAGAACAAAGAGAUCGAGGAACUGAAGGCCGCUAAGGAGGAGCUGGAGAGAGGGUUGGAGAAGGCAGUGGUAGAUAGAAAAGAGGAAGAGAAGAGACAGAAAAACAGGGUAGAUGAGCUGGAGAAAGGAAUGAGAGAGGAAGUUGAGAGGCAAAUGAAACAAGUGGAUAACCUCCAGGUGCAGCUGGAAGCCUCUCGGCAGAGAGAGAUCUCCCUUGACCAAAAGAGUGCAGAAACAGAAGAGGAGAAAGCGAGGAUGCAGUCUCUGCUGGUAGAGAUGGAGAAAGAGAAAACAUGUCUGCAGUCUUCUCUGGAGGAGUGGCAGACUCAAGGAGAGAAGCUCCGCUCUCGGGGAGAGGAGUGGGAGAAAGAGAGAAACAACCUUAGGACUAGUAUUGAGGCUUUUCAGGAAGAAAUUAAGGAGCUUAAAACACUCAUAAAAGCUAAAGAGGAAGAGAAGGAAGUGUUGGAGAAGGAGGCAGAUCAGAGACACGCCUCACUAAAAUCCAUUUCAUCUCUUAUGGUGGAGAAAGAACUGAUAGAAGAAGAAAACGGACGGCUGGCAGAGGAGAAAGAGAAACUCCACUCGACCCUGUUUUCAGUGGAACAAGAGAGAGAUAACCUGCACUGCACUCUUGCAUCUGUAGAAGAAGAGAAAGAAAGACUAGAGCAAGAGAGAGGAGUGUUAGCUCACGAGAAAGAGAUGCUUCAGUCUAGCCUUUCCUCGAUAGAAACCGAGAAACAUGACCUGCAACAAAGUCUUUCUUCAUUAAAGCAAGAGAAGGAAAUAAUAGAGGAGCAGAAACAGAAGUUAGAGGCUGAAAAACAAGAACUGCAGUCCUCCCUUUCUUUGGUUGAAUUAGAGAAAAAUAACCUGUUGUCAGCUCGUUCUUCGCUGGAACAAGAGAAGCAAAGAGCAGAAGAGGCGAAAGAGCAACUCGCAGAAGAACAAGAGGGGCUUCGGUCUGCAGUUGCCUCGAUGGAGAAGGAUUUGGAAACACACAAGUUGUCUGUCUCACAGCUCACUGAGCAGGUGUCAGAGCUGACAUCUCGUGCCGCUUGUGUGUCUAAAGAGAGAGACUCUGCCCUGAGCAAGAUGAGUCUUUGGAUGAAGACCUGGAAACAACUGGAGCAGGAGAAGCAGGCUGUGUUAAACAGCUCAGGCGACGGAAAGAGCAGUGAGGAGACUCGGACUGAGGUGAGCCAGUUAAAGGCGGAGGCAGAGAAGAGACAGAAGGAAGUGGAAGACCUGAAGACUGCCCUGCAGCAGAAGAGGACAGAGGCAAAAGAAAAGACUAAAGAGGUGGAAGAACUUCAGGCUGCCUUUGAUGGAAGGAAGAAAGAGUUAGAAGAGAGAAACAGAGAGCUGGAGGAGAUGAAGAGUGAGUUGGAUGAACUAAACAAACUUCUGGAGGAGAAAAGCAUAGAGACAGAUGAGAGCAUGGAUAAAUACUGCAGCCUGAUGGUUAAAGUCCACAAGCUGGAAGAGACCAAUGAUGCACUGACAACACGACUUGAGCAGCUCACUGCUAACCAAAAUGCUAACGGAUCAAACAUCCACUCCAGCAGGACUGACAGUACUCACUCCCGGCGCUCAGGAAGGAAGUCCUCCAAACAUCUGGGUGACAACACUGAGAACAUUGCUCCUUCAGCACCUCAGAGGUCUCCUGAGGGGUCGUCUUCAGGGAAACGGGGUCACUGUGACAUCAGCGAUAAAGACAGCGCCCAGGAGGCCCUGCACAACCUGACAAAGAAGAUCAAAGCCAACGCAGUGACGACACCCAAACCAAGAACUGAACAGGAAGAUGAAGAGUUCAGACCAGAGGGACUUCCUGAGCUGGUGCAGAAAGGGUUUGCUGACAUUCCCCUGGGGGAGGCCAGUCCAUUCAUCAUGAGGAGAACCGCAGUGAGGCGCUGCAGUCCUCGGCUGGCUGCCAGACCGACUGCUUCUACAUCUGCACCUGUCAGCAAGGUUUUGGAGCCCAUACCGCUUCAGAGUCCCUCGACAGACAGCCUCGACAAGAAGUGUCUCUCCCCGAGUAGUGAGGAGAAACUUCCGCGUCGUUCACUGAGUUUACGGAAGACGCCAGAGCAGAAAGAGAAACAGCUUUUAGGAGACCAAAUGCAACAAGACAACUGUCACGUUCAGUAGAUUGACGUGUACACACACGUUUGUUUGCACUAGUGAUUCACUUCUAGGAAUAUACACAUGCACACUCAUAGAUGCACAAAAGAUUAACACAUUGUGCCUAGUGACACAAGGCACAUUUAGUUUUUAAGUAACAUUCACCCUUUACAUGUUUAACACUUACGAUGCACCUUUUCCUUUCCGGGGGGGGUGGCUGUGUGUAUCUCUUGGUUUGUUUCCUGUUAAAUCACUUUCUUCCAGGACUGCAACAGACACAACUACACUAUGAAGUAAUAACUAACUCAAUAAGAUAAUGAGGCAGGUUUAAGAGGAGUGGUGAUUUUUCCUCAUAGCGCUACUACUACUGCUACUACUUCAUUAUGCUCUAUUUUAAUAGUUUUUACUAUGCAUCUUUGAAAUGUCAGAUACAUAUCUUACCUAUAUGUUUUACAAUGAAUGAAAUCACCAUUGUUUCGUGAUGCCUCCGAAUGUAAACCAGCCGGAUGUGUUUGUUCAUCUUUUUUCAUCUCUUCACUUAGUAGUAGUAAUAGUAGUAGUUGUUGUUUGUGACUCACUGGUUGUACUUUAUUUUCUUUUGGUCUUAUGUUCUUUGUGUGUGAGAAAUGUCUUGAACUUUGUACAUAUUACAUGAUAUAUACGGCAAUAACGGCUAUGCUUCAUCUAUUAGUCCUGUAACUUGUCACCGGUUUGCUAAUGGCAGCUAAGAUUUUGUUUGUCUGUUUCAUAUUUUCUAGAUAUUUUUAUAGUUUUUAUUUUGACUUUUUUCUUUCUUAUCUUUGUAACAAAUGCUGAAGGCAGGUCUGCUUUUGAUCACUUUCUGGAUUUAGGUAUAGUUAAAUUUUAUUGAUCAUUGUAAAUAGCUGAUGAUGCCAAAUAGUUUAAAAUGGCCCCUUUUUUAACUAAA